AAAUCUCCCUUUGUCAUGAAAGAAAACAUUCAUGUAAGCCGAACAUCUCCGUCGGACAUUGCCGUCAAAUCUCGCGAUGGCGUCGGCGGGAACCAGAGCAGGAAGAGACGGGAGCGUGACGGAAGAAGAAAGAAGAAAGGAGAUCACAACAACUUGCGAUUUUUGCGAGGCGACGCCGGCGCUUCGAGCUCCGGCCCACCUCGUCGCUCGAAUCUUCUCGCAGCUAGACUGCGUCGAUCUACUCAAUUGUUCUUUAGUGUGCAAGCAGUGGUACAUAGACACCAGAGAUCUGAGGGAAGGUUGGGAGAACGAAUACUUGGAGACUUUCAGUAUGUAUGCGUUUCUUCUAAAAAGGUGACAGUCUUACUCCCUUCUCCUUGCUCUGUAAUUCUGCUAUUAUCUUCAAUAAAGUAAAAGGGAAGACAACCUUGUUUUCUUGUACAUAAUGGAUGCUGUUUUAGACUUUUAUAUUUGUUUCAACUUUGAAGUUAGUCACCAAAGAAGUUAUAUUCUGCAACUUUUAUAUUAGACAUGGACUUUAGAAGACAUCAUUAAACUGCUUGUAAAUGUAUAAAGUGAUCGAAUUUGGAAAACGUUAUUCUUAUCGAAUAAUAAUGUACAUUUCCUUAGAAUAUAUGGCACGAUGUUCUUUCUUAUAA